AUGCGAGUCUCUGUCAUUCAGGAUUUCAGGGAAGAUGAAAAUGAGGAUGGAGAGGAAGAAGAAAAGGUCUUCCUCAAGCCUGUUAUUGAGGACAGAAAUAUGGAACUGGCCCGAAAAUGCAGUGAAAUAAUAAGUGAUAUACACUAUAAAGAAGAGUUUAAGAAAUCUAAAGGCAAGUGUAUAUUUGUACCUGACACCCCACAGCUAAAACAUGUGAAAAGUCUUGGUUCUUUUAUUUCUGAGGUGAAGUAUAAAGGAGCUGCUAAGAAAGACCUUUCCAACUCUCUUUAUCAGCAGAUGCCAGCCACAAUUGACAGUGUAUUUGCAAAAGAAUUAACGCAACUUCAGAGCAAGGUUCUCUAUAAACAAAAACAUAAUGCUGAGAAAGGAACUUCAGAUUAUGCACGUAUGAAGGAGCCUCCAGAUAUUAAGCAUGCCAUGGAAGUCAAUAAAUACCAGAGUGGUGUAAGCAAGUCAAGUCAG